GCCUGUCGGAAAUGGCUGCCGGCCGGCAGGGGGAGCGAGGGAUCCGGCGCGGCCUGGAAGGCGCGCGGCCAGCGGCCGGAGCAGCUUCUGGGAAGCCUAGUUUCGCUCCGGCGGCGGCGGUGGUGGCUGCGGCAGGUCGUUCCUGAACUGCAAGCCGGAAAGCAAACCCUGAUGUUCACUAUUUGAAGAAAUUACAGACUGAAGUAAGGUGCCUCUUGAGUUGGAAAAAGGAAGGACCCCACAAUUUAUGGGGAAGGGAAGACUGAAACCUUUGAUAAUUGUACAUCUUCCGUAAAGGUGGAAACUGGUGAUUUGAGUGGUGACAUCUCUGUGUGUGACAUGCACUUAUCUCCAUUUUAGAAGAUUAAGAAACUGAAGGAUGAUGUCUUAGAGCAUUUCUGCCCCGAAGGGCAAGAAAUAAUGCCUCUUGUUGGCCUGAGAGUUGGCAAUGUCAUGGAUGGAGAGCCAGCAUUUAUUUCAGCCCUAAUCAGCUGCUUCCUAACUGCAAGCAGAAGCUAUGUGUGUUUGUUGCUCAGCAAAACCAAGGAGGAAGGGCUAUGGCAGCUGACAAAGUCCAUCUGAGUUCAGGGUAUCUUCAGAUUUCUUCGUCAUGGACUUUCUUCCUUCCAUCUCAACCACAAUGUGGUUUGUUUCGCUAUUUGAUAAAGACUAAGGCCAUGUCCCUUGGCCAACAGCCAGAACUUAAAAUCUGCUGGAAAGGGUCAGAAACCAUUUCAGUUGCAGCUGAGGAAAAUGAAAUUUCCAUUUUACUUGAUGCCUGGCACAGGGGAGGGCACCAAUUAUUGUAACAACGCGUGAGUGCAUGCAGAUUGAGUCUUGUGAAAUAGAAGCUCGUGGUUAUGGCGAGUGACCCAACGUGACCAGAGGUGGCAGGAGCCACAGAGGGACUCAUGACGGGCUAUACCAUGUUGCGGAAUGGGGGCGUGGGCAAUGGAGGUCAGACGUGGAUGCUGCGCUGGUCCAACCGUAUCCGCCUCACGUGGCUCAGUUUCACACUGGUCAUCAUCUUGGUUUUCUUCCCCCUUAUCGCUCACUAUUAUCUUAACACGCUGGAUGAGGCCGAUGAGGCUGGCAAGAGGAUUUUUGGGCCCCGGGCUGGCACUGAGCUCUGCGAGGUCAAGCAUGUGCUGGAUCUCUGUCGCAUCCGCGAAUCUGUAAGCGAAGAGCUCCUCCAGCUGGAAGCCAAGAGGCAAGAGCUCAACAGUGAGAUUGCCAAGCUGAACCUGAAGAUUGAAGCCUGUAAGAAAAGUAUUGAGAAUGCCAAACAGGACCUGCUGCAGCUCAAGAAUGUCAUCAGCCAGACGGAACAUUCCUAUAAGGAGCUUAUGGCUCAAAAUCAACCCAAACUUUCUCUGCCCAUCCGACUGCUCCCAGAGAAGGACGAUGCUGGCCUCCCGCCCCCAAAGGUCACACGGGGGUGUCGGCUGCACAACUGUUUUGAUUACUCCCGCUGCCCUCUUACAUCUGGCUUCCCAGUGUAUGUUUAUGACAGUGACCAGUUUGCCUUUGGCAGCUACCUGGAUCCCCUGGUCAAGCAGGCUUUCCAGGCCGCCGCACGAACCAACGUCUAUGUUACAGACAAUGCCGACAUCGCCUGCCUUUAUGUGAUGCUGGCUGGAGAGAUGCAGGAGCCUGUUGUACUGCGGCCCGCUGACCUUGAGAAACAAUUGUAUUCUCUACCAUACUGGCGGACAGAUGGGCACAAUCACCUCAUUAUCAAUCUGUCACGGAAGUCAGACACACAGAAUCUGCUGUACAACGUCAGCACAGGCCGUGCCAUGGUGGCCCAGUCCACCUUUUACGCUGCCCAGUACAGACCUGGCUUUGACCUGGUAGUAUCACCACUAGUCCAUGCCAUGUCGGAACCCAACUUCAUGGAAAUUCCACCCCAGGUGCCCGUGAAACGGAAAUAUCUCUUCACUUUUCAGGGUGAAAAGAUCGAGUCCCUGAGAUCCAGCCUUCAGGAGGCUCGCUCGUUUGAAGAAGAAAUGGAGGGCGACCCUCCAGCCGACUAUGACGAUCGGAUCAUUGCCACACUCAAGGCAGUCCAGGACAGUAAGCUAGAUCAGGUCCUCGUAGAAUUUACCUGCAAAAACCAGCCGAAGCCCAGCUUGCCUACUGAGUGGGCACUGUGCGGGGAACGAGAGGACCGCUUGGAAUUACUGAAGCUCUCCACCUUUGCCCUCAUCAUCACGCCUGGGGACCCGCACUUGGUUAUUUCAUCUGGGUGUGCAGUACGGCUCUUCGAAGCCUUGGAGGUCGGUGCUGUCCCCGUUGUGCUGGGGGAACAAGUACAGCUUCCUUACCAUGACAUGCUGCAGUGGAAUGAGGCGGCCCUGGUGGUACCCAAGCCGCGGGUCACCGAGGUCCACUUCCUGUUACGGAGUCUCUCUGACAGUGAUUUACUGGCCAUGAGGCGCCAGGGCCGGUUUCUCUGGGAGACCUACUUUUCCACUGCCGACAGUAUUUUCAACACUGUGCUGGCUAUGAUCAGGACUCGGAUACAGAUCCCGGCCGCUCCCAUCCGGGAAGAGGUGGCAGCUGAGAUCCCCCAUCGUUCAGGCAAAGCUGCUGGAACUGACCCCAACAUGGCCGACAAUGGGGACCUGGACCUGGGGCCGGUGGAAACAGAGCCACCUUAUGCUUCGCCCAAAUACCUCCGCAACUUUACUCUGACUGUCACUGACUUUUACCGCAGCUGGAAUUCGGCUCCGGGGCCUUUCCAUCUUUUCCCCCACACUCCCUUUGACCCUGUGUUGCCCUCGGAGGCGAAGUUCUUGGGCUCAGGGACUGGAUUUCGGCCUAUAGGUGGCGGAGCUGGGGGCUCCGGCAAGGAGUUUCAGGCUGCUCUUGGGGGCAAUGUACCACGAGAGCAGUUCACAGUAGUGAUGCUGACUUACGAGCGAGAGGAAGUGCUUAUGAACUCCUUAGAGAGACUGAAUGGUCUUCCUUACCUGAACAAGGUUGUGGUGGUGUGGAACUCUCCCAAGCUACCAUCAGAGGACCUUCUGUGGCCGGACAUUGGCGUUCCCAUCAUGGUGGUCCGGACUGAGAAGAAUAGUUUGAACAACCGAUUCUUGCCCUGGAAUGAAAUUGAGACAGAGGCGAUCCUGUCAAUUGAUGAUGAUGCUCACCUUCGCCAUGAUGAAAUCAUGUUUGGGUUUCGGGUUUGGAGGGAAGCUCGGGACCGCAUUGUGGGCUUUCCUGGCCGAUACCACGCUUGGGACAUCCCUCACCAGUCCUGGCUGUACAACUCCAACUACUCCUGUGAGCUGUCCAUGGUGCUGACAGGUGCUGCCUUCUUUCACAAGUAUUAUGCCUACUUGUAUUCGUAUGUGAUGCCCCAGGCCAUCCGAGAUAUGGUGGAUGAGUACAUCAACUGUGAGGACAUUGCCAUGAACUUCCUGGUCUCCCACAUCACUCGGAAGCCCCCAAUCAAGGUGACCUCACGGUGGACUUUCCGAUGCCCGGGAUGCCCGCAGGCCCUGUCGCACGACGACUCCCACUUCCACGAGCGGCACAAGUGUAUCAACUUCUUUGUCAAGGUGUACGGCUACAUGCCCCUCCUGUACACCCAGUUCAGAGUGGACUCUGUGCUCUUCAAGACCCGCCUGCCCCACGACAAGACCAAGUGCUUCAAGUUCAUCUAGGGCCAUCCCACAUUUUGGUGAGAAGGUGGGCAGAGUGAAGAGAUGGUUCCUAAGGUCCCCAGGUAUGGAAGGACCUCGGCUCCAUCUGCCGGGCAGGUGGCCCAGUCGUCCGCUGGGAGAGGCAGCAGGCAGAAUGCAGAGGAAGAAGCUGCCAUUAGGUCAAAGUCAGCCACACUGGGCCUGGAACCCUGGUCAGGAGACCUGGAGUCCCACACAGGGCACUGACUGAUAGCUUACACUGAGGACUGUAGGGACCCUGCAGUCACUCGCAUGGUUCAUAAACCUGGGACAGCUGGCGUGUGGGUGUAGAUUCAGUAACAACUAUUAUUAUU